AUGGGUUCAAUCGGCACACUACCCGACCCCAAGGAAUACCAGAACAUAUUCCACUGGGCAGAGACGCAGAAGGAUGGCAAAAUCCCUUCCUUUAAAACGCGGCGAAAUGAUCCUUACGAAUACCAAGCCGGCUUCGGCAACUCAUUCGAGUCCGAGGCUGUCCCAGGCACAAUCCCACAUGGCCAGAACAGUCCACGCAACGUCCGCUUCGGGCUGUACGCAGAACAAGUCACCGCGACGGCGUUCAUCGCGCCUCGCCACAGCAACAAGAAAGCCUGGCUUUACCGCGCCCGACCAGCAGUUGCACACGAGGGAUUCACUGAACUCCCCGACAACCCCGACACAGAAAGCAGCUUCCUUCCUCUAAACCCGCGCAUCCACGUCUCCCCAACCCAACUCGCCUGGCACCCGUUCGACAUUGAGACCACGGAAACAGACUUCAUCUCCGGCCUCAAGACCGUCGCGGGCUCCGGCGACCCCACGCUCCGCGAAGGAAUCGCAACACACGUCUACACCGCCAACAAAAGCAUGACGAAGCGGGCCUUCGUCAACUCAGACGGCGAGUUCCUGAUCGUCCCGCAACAAGGCGCUCUCGACAUCCAAACCGAGUUCGGCCCGUUAUUCGUACAACCCGGCGAAAUCGUCGUCAUCCAGCGCGGGCUGCGCUUCCGCGUCGAACUCCCCGACGGUCCAUCCCGCGGAUAUAUCCUCGAGAUCUGGGGGUCUCAGUUCGAGCUCCCUGAACUCGGGCCCCUAGGCGCAAACGGGCUCGCAAAUGCCCGUGAUUUCCUGUACCCCACAGCUUCGUACGAGGUCGUCAAGGAGCCCUGGGAAAUCGUGUACAAGCUCGGCGGGAAAUUCUUCAAGAGCACGCAGCAGCAUAGCCCCUUCGACGUCGUCGCCUGGCACGGCAACUACGUGCCCUACAAAUACGAUCUCACGAAAUUCGUCAACGUGGGCUCCAUCUCCGUCGACCACAUCGACCCCUCCAUCUUCUGCGUCCUCACUGCCAAGUCCCGCGACUUGACGGCGCCGCUGGCAGAUGUUCUUAUCUUCUCGCCGCGCUGGGACGUCGCAUCACACACCUACCGACCCCCCUACUACCACCGCAACGCCGCCUCCGAACUAAUGGGUCUAAUCUACGGCGACUACGGCGGCCGCUCCGACGCCUUCAAGCCAGGCUCCAUCUCCUUCGAGUGUGGGAUGGUGCCGCACGGCGUGGCGUACGAGGAAUUCUCCGCGGCGGCGGGCGGGGAGACGGACCCGCCGGCUAUGCAGAUCUCCGAGGGCAGCAUCGCGUUCAUGUUUGAGAGUUCGCGGCCGUUCACGAUUACCGAGUAUGCGUGGAAAAGCGGGAAGAAGCAUGAGCAUGAGCCAAAGAUGUGGGAUAGUCUUGUGGAUCAUUUCAGUGAGCAUGCUGAGGAGGUGGAGGAGAUUUUGGCGCGGAAGGCGAAGGGGUUGAGGAUUUAG